CUUGGAGAUGAUGUCACGACAACUGCGCCAAAUGCCGCGGUGAAGUGCUUUAUAACGGAAAAGCUGCGGGACUGUAAUGAGGUGAGAAGACCCGGGCCUGGAAUACCACGGACACACGUGAGCGCCAUCUGGUAUGUUACCGGGUUAGAAAUCAGACAAACAGGAAGACGCCUGUGGCCGGAGUUUGAGGAGACAAUUCAUCAGUUCAGAUUACAAAUAUGCCCAAGUGCAUCGUCUCCGGCUGCUCCAAUCACACUGCAAACAAGGAGAAGAAUCUUUUGAAUGGGAUCAUGUUGCAUACCUUUCCCAAAAACCUGUUGAGAAUUAAAUGCUGGCUCUCCCAAAUUUAUCAGGACUUUGAAGACAUUGAGAGUUUCGCUAAGAAAAUUUUGGAAGGGAAGAAGACUGACAAUUUCCGUAUUUGCUCUGAGCACUUCUCGCCGGAUUCAUACAGACGAACCAAAAGGAAAAAAGUUCUAAAGGACAAUGCCAUACCGCACCACUUCCACAAGAAUCCUCAGUCAUGUAACACGGCGGCUUCAAGCUCCGCAACCAACCCUUUCUUUGGAGUACGGCAAGAGCAUGUACAGGGAUCACCUCGGCAGUUCUCGCCUUUUCCCAGAAUGACCUCCAUGGAUAAAGGCAGCAUUUACUUGACUGACAGGAUUUUAAGCCUCACCCUGGAGAUCCUAUUCCUCCUGACUGGAGAGGAUUACACAGUAGCGAAGAAGGCGUGCGCCGAGCGUAUAACUACAAGCAGCAGCCCCACUGAGUCAGGAGGUAGGAUCGCGGCCAAAGAAACCGACCCGAUGACAACCACAGACUUUGUGAGCCAUGAGAAGAACAGGGAGAUUCUGCAGCUCACCAACCAGAUCAUCCAUCUGCUGACAGGAGAGGUUCCUGCACGCUGUGAGGACGUCGCCGUCUACUUCUCUAUAGAAGAAUGGGAUUAUGUAGAUAAACACAAGCAUCUGUACAAGAAAGUCAUCAUGGAUGAUCACCAGCAGAACCUGUACAAGAAGGUCAUCAUGGAUGAUCACCAGCAGAACCUGUACAAGAAGGUCAUCAUGGAUGAUCACCAGCAGAACCUGUACAAGAAGGUCAUCAUGGAUGAUCACCAGCAGAACCUGUACAAGAAAGUCAUCCUGGAUGAUCACCAGCAGAACCUGUACAAGAAAGUCAUAAUGGAUGAUCACCAGCUCUCAUCACAGGGUGAUGAACGACUUUCAACUCCAGAGCAUGAGAUUGAAAUCGAAAUAGAAGAUGACCUCAUAGAAGAACCUUUACAGGACUUCAGUCAAAGUGGCGUGAACUCUCCGCCCGGCGGUGACUACGUCUCGUCUGACCUGAGUAACCCAGAACCAAUGUCUGCAGACAGCACGGAUCGCAGGGACGCAGCACAGAUGCCGUUGUCCUGUUCGGAGUGCGGUAAAUGUUUUAAAUUUCGGUCAAGACUAAUUUCACACAAGCGCAUUCACACAGGAGAAAAACUUUUUUCGUGCCCCGAGUGCGGGAAAUCUUUUAUGUGGAAAUCGCUGCUUAUUCAACACAAAAAGAUUCACACCGGAGAGCAUCAGUGUCUGGUGUGCGGGAGGUGUUUUACAAAUGAAUCGAAGCUAAUCGAUCAUCAGAGAACCCACACGGGCGAGCGGCCAUUCACUUGUCAUCAGUGCGGGAAAAGCUUCGGAUUGAAAACGUGGUUAACAAAACACAAGCGACUUCACACAGAGUGAGGUAAAUGUUUGAUGCAAGAAUCGGAUGUGACAUCAUCAGUGGACACACAUCUCAAUCACACCGGGAACAUUCUGCACCAAUUCUGUUCAUAUUCAACAGUUUUUUACUCAAAUCCAUUCUGAGAGUGCACAGAGAUGACGCCCCUUCAGGAUGCGCCAUUUUACUAACACCGGUGGCAUUGUAAUAUUGUAUUAAAGGUUUUUGA